UUGGCGCCAGGGCUGCGCGGGCGGGGCGGGGGCGCGAAGCCUAGGACCCCCUCACGCGCACUGAGGCUGAGACCCAGAGGGACGCUGGCGCCCGGGACACGUGACCGAAGCGGCAAGCGGGCGGCAGACAGGCAGGCUUCCGCCUCGGCGGGUCGCAGUCCCUCUAAGCUCCCACUUCCCUGCAGGCCCCGCCUGAGGUCUGGCAGUCAGUGGCAGAGCCGGGCGCCCACUGCCCAAGCGUCAUCAACGGCACCAUGCCCGCACUACUGGAGCGCCCCAAACUUUCCAACGCCAUGGCCAGGGCUCUGCACCGGCACAUCAUGAUGGAGCGGGAGCGCAAACGGCAGGAGGAGGAAGAGGUGGACAAGAUGAUGGAACAGAAGAUGAAAGAAGAGCAGGAGAGAAGAAAGAAAAAGGAGAUGGAAGAGAGAAUGUCACUAGAAGAGACCAAGGAACAAAUUUUGAAGCUGCAGGAGAAGCUCUCGGCUCUACAGGAGGAGAAGCACCAACUUUUCUUGCAGCUCAAAAAAGUUUUGCAUGAGGAAGAAAAACGGAGACGAAAGGAGCAGAGUGACCUGACCACUCUGACAUCAGCUGCAUACCAGCAGAGCCUGACCGUUCACACGGGAACCCACCUCCUCAGUAUGCAGGGGAGCCCUGGAGGACACAAUCGCCCAGGUACUCUCAUGGCAGCUGACAGAGCCAAGCAGAUGUUUGGACCCCAAGUGCUUACGACCCGGCAUUAUGUGGGAUCAGCAGCUGCUUUUGCAGGGACACCAGAACAUGGGCAAUUCCAAGGCAGCCCAGGAGGAGCCUAUGGAACUGCUCAGCCCCCGCCUCACUAUGGGCCUACACAACCAGCCUAUAGUCCUAGCCAGCAGCUCAGAGCACCGUCAGCAUUUCCUGCUGUGCAGUACCUGUCUCAGCCGCAGCCACAGCCCUAUGCAGUGCAUGGCCACUUUCAGCCCACUCAGACAGGGUUCCUGCAGCCUGGUGGUGCCCUGUCUUUGCAAAAGCAGAUGGAACAUGCAAAUCAGCAAACUAGCUUCUCUGACUCAUCUUCUCUGCGGCCCAUGCAUCCCCAAGCUCUGCAUCCAGCCCCUGGACUCCUGGCUUCCCCCCAGCUCCCUGUGCAGAUGCAAGCAGCAGGAAAGUCAGGCUUUGCUACUACCAGCCAACCUGGCCCUCGACUCCCCUUCAUCCAACACAGCCAGAACCCACGAUUCUACCACAAGUAACCACCAGACAACUCCUACCUACCCUCCAUCCCUCAAGGUGGGGGUUCUUCCUAUGUGCCCCAAACCAAUAAAAUGUACCCACUACCAA